UAUGGGCAAGGAUACAUGCCCAUGGACUAGUGUGAGUUAGAGAGAGAGAGAGAGGGAGAGGGAGAGAGAGGGCGAUGGAGGGGGUGCAGGGGAGGAGGUGGUGGGGGCGGCAGUGUUGGGGUUCCGGCGACGUGCUGCCGUUAACGGGGAUGGUGGGGAUGCAGUGCAUCACGGUGGGGCUGAGCACGCUGUUCAAGGCGGCGACUUCCAGAGGGAUGAGCUACUACGUCUACACUGUCUACAUCUCUGCUAUUGCCCUUCUUCUCCUCCUCCCCUCCCCCUUCUUCUCCCACAGGAACAGAGGACUACCUUCCCUUAACUUCUCUGUGCUCUGUAAAAUGGGCCUCCUUGGACUAGUUGGCUACACUUCACAGAUAAUGGGAUACAAAGGCAUCAACUACAGUUCUCCGACUCUCUCCUCUGCCAUCAGCAACCUCCUCCCUGCUUUCACCUUCAUCUUUGCCCUGCUUUUCAGAAUGGAGAAGGUGGAUCUUAGUAGGCCAAGCAGCCAGGCAAAGGUGCUGGGCACCAUAGUAUCCAUAGCUGGAGCAUCUGUGGUGACAUUCUAUAAGGGCCCACCAAUCAUUGUAGCCCCAUCACAGCCGUCCAGUUCAGGACUCCUCCAUCUGCAGCACUUGAAUUCAUCAUCAUCAUCACAAUCCAAUUGGUUGCUGGGCAGUCUUUUCCUUACCGCUGAAUUCUUGCUUAUCCCACUCUGUUACAUUAUUCAGGCACAAGUUAUGAAGGAGUACCCAUCAGAGCUAACAGUGGUUUUCUUCUACAACUUGGAGGCUACCGUCUUGGGUGGAAUAGUAGCCUUGAUUGCUGAAGAAAAUUGGAGUGCAUGGAGAGUUGGACCCAAUAUUUCAUUGCUCUCCAUACUCUGCUCGGGUAUUGUUGGGUCGUUCAUGAACAAUGUGGUUCACACAUGGGCUCUGCGGUUGAAGGGGCCAGUUUACGUAGCAAUGUUCAAGCCAUUGAAUAUUGUAAUAGCUGCUGCAAUGGGUGUCAUCUUCCUUGGUGACCUUCUCCAUCUUGGAUGUGUUAUUGGAGCAACGAUGAUAGCCGUAGGCUUUUAUGCUGUAAUGUGGGGGAAAGCAGAGGAAGAGAUGAGCCAUGAGGGCUGUGAGGUUGGAAGCUUGAGACCUCAAAUGCAUACUCAAAAGACGCCUCUCUUGCCCAAGUCACAAGAGAAAUAGUAUAAUAAGGUCGAACAAAUAUAAAGCAAAUGCAACCAAUUCUUAGAGUCAAGUCUUAAAUUUUUAUCCUGUUAGAUGAUUAAUGACUGAUGCUUGAAGACUUGAAAAGGAUCAAGCAAGGUUGAGGAAUCAUCUCUUCAUCCUCUAUAAAUUUAUAAUUAGAAGAGUUUAUAAUUAGAAGAAGAGACAUGGAGGAAUUGUCGAUAAUGUAAUUUGAUUGAUCAGGGAAAAUGAUGAGCAAUUAUUUGGUGCUCAACUAAUAAGGUAAAGUGUUAAAAAUAACAUAUUAAUGUGAAAUUGUAUGGGCAAUGCAAGCUUUAACAUGAA